CAAUGGCACUAUAAAAGGCAACCUCUGUCUGAGUUUUGCUUCGUUCUUUCUGAGGGAAAGUGAAAGAGAAAAUCUAUUCUUUCGAAGAAUAUGUCGCUUCUUUCAGCUAUAGUUAACCUUGAUCUCUCAGACUGCACUGGCAAAAUCAUUGCUGAAUACAUAUGGAUUGGUGGAUCUGGCAUGGACCUCAGAAGCAAAGCAAGGACUCUUUCUGGACCUGUUAGCGAUCCUUCAAAGCUUCCCAAGUGGAAUUAUGACGGUUCCAGCACUGGUCAAGCCCCUGGAGAAGAUAGUGAAGUAAUCUUAUAUCCUCAAGCUAUCUUCAAAGAUCCAUUUAGAAGGGGUAACAAUAUUCUUGUCAUGUGUGAUGCUUACACUCCAGCUGGUGAGCCAAUUCCUACAAACAAAAGAUACAACGCUGCAAAGAUAUUUAGCCAUCCUGAUGUCGUCGCAGAAGAACCCUGGUGUGCAAUUGAGCAGGAGUACACCUUGUUGCAGAAAGAUGUUAAAUGGCCAAUUGGAUGGCCACUCGGUGGCUACCCAGGACCUCAAGGACCUUAUUAUUGUGGUGUUGGUGUCGACAAAGCCUUCGGCCGUGACAUUGUGGAUUCUCAUUACAAAGCUUGUUUAUAUGCUGGAAUCAAUAUCAGUGGCAUCAAUGGAGAGGUGAUGCCAGGACAGUGGGAAUUUCAAGUUGGUCCAGCAGUUGGCAUCUCUGCUGGAGAUGAGUUGUGGGUUGCACGUUACAUUUUGGAGAGAAUUACCGAGAUUGCUGGAGUGGUGCUCUCCCUUGAUCCUAAGCCAAUUCAGGGUGACUGGAAUGGUGCCGGAGCUCACACAAAUUACAGUACAAAGUCCAUGAGAUGUGAUGGAGGCUAUGGGGUUAUCAAGAAAGCAAUUGCAAAGCUUGGCCUAAGGCACAAAGAACACAUUUCAGCAUAUGGUGAAGGCAAUGAGCGCCGUCUCACCGGGCGACAUGAGACUGCUGAUAUCAACACUUUCUCAUGGGGUGUUGCAAACCGCGGAGCAUCCAUUCGUGUUGGCCGGGACACUGAGAAAGCCGGAAAAGGGUAUUUUGAAGACAGGAGGCCAGCUUCAAACAUGGAUCCAUACGUUGUCACUUCCAUGAUUGCAGAAACCACCAUACUGUCGAAACCAUGAGGGCAUACCUGGCCCAUCUUCGCAAUGUUGUUGUUCUCUUUCCAUGGUAUAAAGGAAAAGAGCUACGUUUUUCAGUGGGACUUAGUAUAACUUUCUUGGCAUUUUCAUGUUGUACCAUUGAUGGUUUGGUUGCCCUUGUAUUUGAGGUAGCAAUGUGGUUUCUGCUGCUUCUUUGCAUUUACUAAAUAAAUACGAAUGCUUAUGUUAAUAAUGAAUUAUGAAUUUCAAUGUCAAUUAAAUAUGCUAUCUUUGCCUCUGCCGUUGAAAUGUUGGUCAUUCAUGCUCCUUCACAUCUGUGCUCAAGCAUAACAUCAUUGCAGUUUGUCA